UUUGUCAUUUGUCAUUCUGUUGUCAAUUCUUAGAGCUCUAAAAAAUUCAUCACAAUUUCAUUUGGAUGAGUUUUUUAACGAAAAUAUUUGCAAAAUCUCUUUAUUUACACGUCACCUACUUCAAACAUGACAAUUUUUGAUAUGUUUUAUCACUGAAACCGUGCAAAAUGUCACUGUGUUCCAACAUUAUUGUAUUAGCAUUGUGUUGUGUUUCGUGUUUAGGACGAAUACACAAAUUAGACAUCACGAAUGAUGCACGAAAGUACAUCGCGUUGAGUACAUUUGGGUUUUAUCAAGGGGGUGUCUUAGAUGUUCAGCUUAAAAAUUUCAGAGCCUUUCCAGAAAAUGAUUCGGCAGUGUUUGGAUUUAGUCUAGAUCGUACGAUAAACGAUGCAAUGAAUCCAUAUCUUGGUAGUCAUCAAGAACAUUGCAUUUUACAAGACCCUCUAAGCACUGCAAACGAUGUGGCCAUUAUUUACUUUAUUCUUGAUCUUAAAGGCAAAAAACUUAAAAUUAAAUGUGAGGACCAACAACUUGUACAUAUUUACAAAAAUAAGGAUGAAGUUCCAUCUGUAUUAUCAGCACAUCGACAAAAACGACAAGAAAUGUCUGAUCAUUGCAGUAACUUAGAUUUUGACAUAACUACAAAAGUUAUUAAAGGAAGGUCUUACUACAAUGCUAGUUUCACCCUGUAUGUUGCAUCAGUUAAUGAAGAAGGACUUUACAAUUUAUACUUUCACAGCUGUCCAAAUUACCAACCUGGAACCGAAGUAUCAGUCGACUUUACCAUUGAGAUAGUUGAACAAAAUAUGAGUAGUUUUCUUUCCGCUGGUGAAAUGCCAUUACCAGCCUUAUAUUCAAUGAUGGCAAUUUUAUUCUUAUUAUCGGGCAUGUUUUGGGUGUUUCUAUUGCGUCAGUCUCGUCAUGUUGUUUUUAAAAUCCAUUAUAUGAUGUCAGUCCUUGUUUUUUUGAAGGCAAUUUCUUUGGCUUUUCACGGUGUUAAUUAUCAUUACAUUGAACGACUUGGUGUACAUUUAGCCACAUGGGCUGUGCUUUUCUAUGUAGCUCAUUUACUAAAAGGAGCACUACUUUUUAUCGUCUUAGUACUGAUUGGUACUGGAUGGACUUUUAUCAAACAUGUCUUGGCACCACGUGAUAAACGUCUUUUUAUGGCCGUUAUUCCUUUGCAAGUUUUGGCAAAUGUGGCUGAAAUUAUUCUGGAGGAGAGUGAGGAAGGGGCUCGGGAACACGUAGCCUGGAGGAAUGUUUUUAUUUUAGUGGAUUUAUUGUGUUGUGGUUGUAUUUUAUUUCCUGUGGUUUGGUCUAUUCGUCAUUUACAAGAAGCAUCACAAACCGAUGGUAAAGCAGCAAUGAAUUUGAGAAAAUUAAAAUUGUUCAAACAUUUUUAUCUAAUGAUCGUUUGCUAUAUUUAUUCUACACGAAUAAUUGUUUAUCUUCUUAAAAUAACCGUUCCAUUCCAGUAUGGAUGGUUGGAUGAAAUGUUUAGGGAAAUGGCUACGUAUGUCUUUUUUGUCUUAACUGCUUAUAAAUUCAGGCCAGCGGCUCAUAAUCCAUACUUUGCUCUUAGUGAUGAUGAAGAUGAUGAUGAUGAAAUGGAUAAAGUACUUACUGAGUCAGGGGCAACUGAAGGUUUAAGUAGAGUUAAUUCAAGAGUUACCAAAGUGCCACUACAUACCACUUUGACAGAAGUGACAGAAGAAGAGAAAGAUGCAUUAUUGGGUCAACCAGAAAGUAGCCACGAGUAUGAUUAACUUGAUAUCAUGAGGCUUAAUACAAUUUUUUUGCCUGUGAUAGUGUUUUCAGCUUGUCAUUUUUACGCACUUCAUUGCUGGAGCCAAAUAAUGCAUUUCUUAUUUAUUCCUAAAUUGUCCGAUAGAUGUAACAUUAAUAAUAAAUUGUUAUAAAUUAUCAAA